CUAUUAAAGAAACAAACUUCUCAUAAAGGCAAGGAGCUCCUGGGAGUAUCUUUACUGCAUUUAGAAGUCAAGAGAAAACUAGUUGUUGAGAUGAAAAGGAAGAAUAUUGAAGUGAAAGCAAAACAAGCCUUUAGUUGAAAUAAACACAACACAAUAGUUGGAGUAAGUUCUGUGGAAGCAUAUGGGCCUAGUCUGUAGCAAUAGAGAGGAAAUGCAGAAAAUGAAGAACCUUGGGAGUAUUGGAAGCAGUGGGAGGCUAUCAACAGAAGAGUGUGAAGAUGAGGAAGUUUCAAAAUUGGCCAUUUCAACAUUUCAAUCUAAGGAAGAAGAGAUUGAGAGGAAAAAGAUGGAGGUGAGAGAGAAGGUUGAACUUCAACUUGGUCGUGCUGAAGAAGAGACAAGGCGCUUGGCACACAUUUGGGAAGAGCUUGAAGUGCUGGAUGAUCCUAUGCGGAAGGAAGUUGCAAUGGUACGCAAGAAGAUUGACUUGGCUAACAGAGAUUUAAAGCCACUGGGACUGAACUACCAGAAAAAGGAAAAGGAGUAUAAAGAAGCCUUGGAAGCUUUCAAUGAAAAGAACAAAGAGAAGGCUCACCUGGUAGCCACACUAAUUGAGUUGCUGACUGAGAGUGAAAGACUGAGGAUGAAGAAAUUGGAGGAGCUAUGCAAGACCAUAGAAUCUAUGUCACUGAAACCAUGACCUGUGUGUGUAUUUAUUAUAUUCACUAGCUUUGUUUAUUCAAUUUUCAGCGGCUUGUAUUCAAAUGUACUUACAUGUUAUUCAAAAUGCCUUGUUG